CCAGAAAGGAUAAUUUGGGAAAACCGAUCAAUUGAUAUCAAUUAAUUAAACUGUCAACGCUCAACAAGUAUUACGAAAUGUCGUGUUUAUAUAAAACAUACUCCAAUCUGGGAAGGUUCAUCAGUCACCUUGCUUUACAAACCGUGUCACAAUGCUGCUCCGAGUAUUUUAUUACGCCUUCUUUAUCUCGGUUGCGCUUGGUUACAAGCAGACUUUGACCUACUACUCGGAACCUGACUCCGGAGGGAAUGCGUUGCAAUUUCAGACCAAAGAACCUGAUCUUACACUAUACUGGCCAAUACUGAGAGAAUUCAGAUCAUUCUGCUAUCAAGGAUUUUGGCAUGGAUUCAGUGAGGAUUCAGUGGCAUGGAUUCAAAUUACAACGAUUCGACCACUUUCGGACAUCUUUCUGCUGAUGGGACAGUUCUUUGCAGGAAUGGAUAUUUACCUCGAACAAUGUCCUUGCGGUUCCUGGGACCCUUGGAAACAACAACACCGUCCAUUUCAAUUUAUAGCGGGGCUGAUUAUAACUCGGCGGGAGGAACGGAACGAACUUUCACUGGGUUAGCAGCCAACAAUUUUGGAUUUAUUCCGACGGCGAUAAGUUUGACGGGAAGGUCGAGUUGGACGGGUUUUGCGAACGAGAAUUUUUCUGGAAACUCGACCUGUUUCUCAACCUCAGAGCUGGUAGCGUACCUUGAUAUUUCAGAAAUAAUGGAGAUCAGGUCAAUUGUCCAAGGAUGUAUGUAGCGUCAAAUAUUAUUUAGAUAGUGGGUAUUUUCAUGUCGACAAGUUAUGUUUUCUUGAUAUAUUUGUCCUUCUACAAUUUGUCGUAAUUGUGAAUCUAAAGCCUUUAGUGUGUAUAUUUGAAGGAAUAAAUAAAAAUGUCAAUGAAAA